GUAAUUCGUGAUAUUUCGCAGAAUACUAUAUUUCAAAUUUUAAUGUCAAAUAUUAUCCUGAAUCCGACUGUGCUGACCAAAUAUUUUUACAAUAAAAUAUCAACCUCAUAAUCAAUGUAUAUCAUAUCUAAUUAGAAUAUCUGUUUUCGGCGUAAUGGAAGAUGUAUUAGACGAAAUCGUGUCUUCAGAAGAUUUGCAAAAGUUUGAAAAAGUCUACCAUGAACAACUACAUCAGGGGAACGUAACACACAAGGCUCAAUUUGAAUAUGCUUGGUGCCUUGUGCGUAGCAAAUAUGCGACUGAUAUAAGAAAGGGUAUUCUAUUACUGAAGGACUUAUUCAACUCACAUGCAGAAGGCAAAAGAGAUUAUCUUUUUUACCUCGCCAUAGGCAAUGCAAGAAUCAAAGAAUACAAUAAGGCACUGCAUUAUGUAAAAUCAUUCCUGGAAAUAGAACCUGCUAACCAGCAGGUCCUAGCAUUAGAGCAUCAAAUCAAUAAAAGAAUGGAGAAGGAGGGCCUGAUUGGGAUAGCGGUGGCUAGUGGGGCUGUUCUUGCUAUCGGAGGACUGGUAGGCCUUGGAAUUGCACUCGCUAAGAGCACUAACAAAUAACAUUUAGCCUUCAUAAUGAGCGCUUUGUCAGGCAUUCAUUAUUUUCUGGAAAAUAAGAGACGAGAAGGAUGAAGAAGUUUGAUACCAAAAUUUAAGAAAAGUAAUCACAAUUGUUUUGAUAUUCACAGCAUAAUACAAAAUUAUAUCGAAUUAAUUUACACAUUUUAUAGGAACUUAGAAAUUCUUGUAUUCGCUGAAGGGAAUUAAAUAUUUUAAUUUGUUUAUUGUUAUGUGUAAUUUAUUAUAGUUUAGGGUUUAGUGGUUAAGUGAUAAAGAUGCUUGUGAUGGCAAUUUACUGUAAUGUUUUAUAUUGUGAUGUGUUUCGCUUCAAAAUUAUAAUGAAAUUAGAACUAUUAUGGCUA